GACACUAAUUUUCUGUACCUAGGAAAAAAAGAACAAAAUCAAAAUGAAUACCACAAAAUCAGCUUUACUAGCUAUGUUUUUUCUUCUAUUUAUAAUUUUCACAAUAAAACCAUCAUUUGGAUACGUUGCACCUAAACCAAUAGUUGACAUUGAUGGCAAGCCUGUCCUCUACGGGGUUGACUACUUUGUGGUGUCAGCAAUUUGGGGAGCUGGUGGUGGUGGACUCACCGUUUAUGGCCCUGGAAAUAAAAAAAAAUGUCCUCUGAGUGUGGUACAAGAUCCGUUCGAUAACGGUGAGCCAAUAAUAUUUUCAGCAAUAAAAAAUGUUAAAGAUAAUAUUGUUCGUGAAUCUGUUGAUUUAAAUGUUAAGUUUAAUAUUACCAUAAAUUGUAAUGAGACAACUGCAUGGAAAGUUGAUCGUUUUCCAGGAGUGAUUGGAUGGACGGUGACGCUUGGAGGAGAAAAAGGUUAUCAUGGUUUUGAAAGUACACAUAGCAUGUUUAAGAUCAAGAAAGCUGGGCUUCCAUUUUCGUAUAAAUUUCAUUUUUGCCCUUCAUACCCUCGUACACGUUUAAUUCCUUGCAAUAAUGUGGAUAUUUUUUUCGACAAAUAUAGAAUUAGGCGUCUAAUCCUUACGAAUGACGCAAAAGAAUUUGUUUUCAUAAAAACAAAUAGGUUUAUGAAUUAUCCAAAUAUUGUGAUAUGACGUUGUAAUAUCACUAGUUAUGGUUAUAUGCAUGUUAAGCUUGACCCUGUUCUAAAAUAAAUGUUGUAAUGUACUUAUGAUAUUCUACUUGGAUGAAUAAAUAU